ACGCCUGUGAAAAGGGUGCGCAGUGAACGGCGCUGCGGACGUUGCAGCCAAACUAGACACGAUUCUCGCACCUACCAAGUAGAAUUAGAGGAUUCAGAAGUUAGCAAUAGGUCUAAACAAGAAUGCUCUAUUCUAGUUAAUCAAGCAAACUAUGGUAGUGUUACGUAG